ACGAAGUUAUAAGGAAACGUCUCCUAAUUGAUGGAGAUGGCGCUGGAGAUGAUCGCAGGAUUAAUCUGCUGGUGAAGAGUUUCAUUAAAUGGUGCAACUCUGGAUCCCAGGAAGAAGGAUACAGCCAGUACCAACGCAUGCUGAGCACACUGUCUCAAUGUGAAUUUUCAAUGGGCAAAACUUUGUUGGUAUAUGACAUGAAUCUAAGAGAAAUGGAAAAUUAUGAAAAAAUUUACAAAGAAAUAGAAUGCAGCAUUGCUGGGGCACACGAAAAAAUUGCUGAGUGCAAAAAGCAAAUUCUUCAAGCAAAACGAAUACGAAAAAAUCGCCAGGAAUAUGAUGCUUUGGCAAAAGUUAUCCAGCACCAUCCAGACAGGCAUGAGACAUUAAAGGAACUAGAGGCUUUGGGAAAAGAAUUAGAGCAUCUCUCACAUAUUAAAGAAAGCGUUGAAGAUAAGCUGGAGUUGAGACGGAAACAGUUCCAUGUUCUUCUUAGUACCAUCCAUGAACUUCAGCAAACACUGGAAAAUGAUGAAAAGCUCUCAGAGGUAGAAGAAGCUCAAGGAACAAGCAUGGAAACAGAUCCUAAGCCAUAGAUAAGCGAAUCACCCACCAUUCCUAAGAAUAUUGAAAUAGCUACAUGAUCUUUAAGUGUUCUUAAAAUUUGUCGUGCUCUUGAGAUAUUUUAAGUUUUGGCAGUGAAAUAUUUUGCUUUUAAAUAUUCAUGUACGUUUCAUUCAUAUGUCUUCACAUAAAGGAAAAUGAUCUCAGUAUAGAUUCGUUUUUACUGAAAUGCAUUUUUUAUUCUUUAAGAGGUAGGAAGCAACAUCCAAAAAUGUUUAAUAAAAUAUUUUCAAACUGGA